UAAUUAUUAUUAUAAUUAAAAGUCUAUUUGUUAUACUAUACAAAAGUAUAGAAAAUCGUAUUUUUUUUUAAAGAAAGCUUAAUUUUCAUUAUAUUAUUUUUUAUUUUUUAAUGCCACGUACUGUAUACUAAAUACUUAAUGUAGAUAUUUCCGACUGUUAUUAAAAGCAUCACAGUUGCCAGUUGUCUCGUGCAGAAGCUUUACCGGGAAGAACAAGACGCAGGUAAAUUCUGAACUGUAAAUUAAUAUAGGUUUAUGUGACUGUUGUACUUAAGUUAAGAGUUUGUAACAGUAAUAAAAACGUCACCGGGAUUCUGAAUUAACAAAAUGGCGGCUCAGACCUUCAUUGCCAUCGCUGAGCUGCAUCCCAAUAUUUAUCACCCAAAAGUAGCCGGCGUCAUUAUUUGGAAAAGCGACGUCAAAAGCUUCCCUGACAGAAAAAAUAUUGGUUCCGAUAGAUUCACCUUUGGCUUCACCAUUAGGGACUCACCUGACUUCUUCAUUAAUGUGGCAGCCUGGGGAAAUGAUGGCUACAUCAACGGGCUCUCCAGCAGCUUCUGCAUUGGGGACUGUGUCACAAUUGAAAAUCCUUUGAUUUCUAACAAAGACCCAGAAAAGGGGGAACGAUUCUGUCCUACAACACCAAGUCGCUACAGGUUGCUGUUGACAGAGGCCCAUUCCCAGGUGUGUCUGUGUGCUGACAUGGAUACCGCUGACAGACUGUUACCACUCAUUCACAUCCCUGUUAAGGAUGUGAGAGAUUUCUAUUCCCUGGGAGACAUAGUGGCCAACGGACAGAAGAUGGAUGGCACAAUGAUAAAUAUACUAGCUGCAGUAAAAUCGAUUGGAGAACCAAAGCACUUCACCACAUCAGAAGGACGCAAAGGGCAGAGGCAGGAAGUUAAGCUUUUCGAUGACUCUGCCCCUUCCUUCUCCCUCAUCUGCUGGGACAGAGAGGUCAUUCAGCUCAUGCAAAGUUUGAAUCCUGGAGAGACGGUGCUCUUCAUUGCUGAUGCAAAAAUUAGCUUUGACAGCUUUCGAAAAGGCAUGGCAGCAACUGUUAACUACAAAACAGUUAUCACAGUCAAUCCUGAUACCCGAGAAGCCAGUCUGCUUUUCAGAUAUGCUAAAGAAGCGAUUGAGUCCGGAGCUCUAGAUGAAGAUGAAAAGCCAGAGGACAUUCCUGUGGAUUCAAUCACUGAUGUGUACACAGUAGAUCAGCUGAAACAGAAGGGCUGUGACACUUCAGAGCCUUUCUUUGGAAUCACAUACAGCUUCAUGUCUAAGCUUAACCUUGACUUAUCUGUUUCAAAAGUCAUCAAGAUGUGGUGCUCCAGGUGUAAGUUCCAGGUAUCUGAAGAUGCACAGGUCUGCACCAAUAACCUAUGUCCAGCAAGGGAUGAGCCCUUCUCAACCACUACUGGCUUUAACCUCAUGGUGGACUUCACAGACCACACUGGCACCCUGCAGGCCUGCACUCUCAGAAGCCCAGUGGCAGAGAAUAUGCUUGGCUGCACCCCAGAGGAGUUUUUUAGUUUAACCGAGGAUGAGCGGACUGCAUUGAAAUGGAAAUUUCUUUUGGAGAGAUGUAAAAUAUAUGUGAAGAUAAUCCCUUCCACUAAGAUGAGGACUGGGAUCAAGGGGAUAGUCCUGGCCUGUUUGCUGGCUGACCCUGGAGAGGUUAAGCAGCACAUGUCUGCCCUGCUGCAACAACUGGGAUAACGAAAAGAUACCAUGCAAUGAAAGCAGCUACUAUUGUCGCCUUUACCUUCUUUAACAGAACUCAUAUUUAUAUAUUUAUAUAUAUUGACUUCCUGUUUUUGUAGACAGAUACUAUUUAUUUUAUAGUAAUUUAUCUAAUAUAUUUAUUGAAGUGUUUAUUUUUUACUUGGCUUUUGAAAAUGUUAAAUAAAAUAUUAAUUCUUU